ACAAAUGUCAAUACCAAGCGUUGAUAAAGGAUUUUAAUAAAGGAACAUAACGUGCGAGUAUGGAAGUUGUGGCAGCAACCCCAAACGGUACCGGGGUACCGCCCUUUCACAAUCAUGACGUGCACGAAUGGUCAAGGAUUGAUAGUCUCACCGGAGUUCUUGAAAGAGCACGACUCGAGACUGACCAUUGGACUGCAAGAACAAGUCAUUCCUCGCAUAAUUACGGAAAGGUAGUGGAUACUCGGGCUCGGUCGAACGCAGACGGUGCUAUACAGCAGGCCAGAAGGCAGCUGGAGGUCUUUCAAAGUAGUGUACCUGGUGGACGUCUUCAGGUCAUCAAAUCGCACACGGUGUCGAGUAGUAGGUGGACCAGUAAGUCCGAACAUAAGGAUGUUGCACCUCAUUUCACCGAUUUAGAGCUCCCACUAAAUCCACUAGACCUAACAUCACAAAAAUCAAGAGCGACCGUAGGUAGAAGCGUUGGAAGACGUCCACCUUCACGACCGCGAGGCCGAGACGAACCCCGACAGAUAUUGCCAGAAUCCCAUUCGACGGUACCGGCAAAUUUACAUCGUAUUUCUCGUCUCUGCAAUCAAGUUCACGAGAAUGCAGUGAAGCAAACGUUCGGAAAAUACCACAAACCGCCAAUACACGAACGAGAAAGUGGCGACGGUGUCGAAAUAAUCGAAAUCGAGCGUCCCGUUAACGAACACACUAACCUAAGUCGAACGAAAAGCACGAGUAGCGAAGAUAUUCACCUAACCCCCGAGAAGGAGAAGCAAAAUAAAAGCGUGGAAGAUUUGGAAGAUCUCGAGCAGCUACAAAAUUGGAGGCGAACCUCAAAAAUUCGACGCUCCCUUCAGUUUCCAACGCAGAACAAGACGUCAACAACAAAGCCUCUCGAUGUGCCCAUUAGUACGGGGAGCGUACGCAAAAUUCGCGAAGAUCUCGAAACGGGAAGAAGACUAAAUACUGCUUUACGAGGAAAUAACGUUGAUCUCGAAGCUCUCGAUCACAUUUUACAACUAAUAACUUCCCCUUCUGACGUGCAUAGCGGUGGUAAAUUUGAAGAACCAGAAAAAGACGAACAGAACAUAACCAAACAACCGAAAAGACAUUCUUUUGUAACAGUAGAAUCUUUACAAGAAGUUCGAGGUAGACUGAGACGUACGAGUUCGCCUGUCGAUACCAUUGUUAAAUCAAAGAAGGACGAGGAACCGGACGAUGGUAUCGUAACAGAAGACCCCUUAAACAAGCAAUUAGAAGAUAUGCCCGCUUUGGAUAGUGCAUCGCCGCAAUCGCGUGUGCGUUCGUACGUAUACGGCAUGGAAGUACUGAUGAACAAGAAGCCCAUAGUGGGAACGGGCAGUUUAGAAUCGCGUACUUCUAGACAACUAAAUGGUUCUAUAAAUAGAAAUGAAGACUGGUACAACAGAAGGAAAUCGUACGGCUUUGAGCAGGUCCACAAUCAGGAGCCUACCAAUACAAUAUCUAAGAACAAUGCAUCCAUGGAUUCGUCCACUGAUAGCGGAAUUUGCAGGUCUAGUGAAAUUAUGUUGGUGCCAACGACGAACAAAAGUAGUGUACAAUUAAAUAAAUCCAGUGAUCUCAAUGAUAGUCAAAAAGACGAAAUAUAUAAUAGGAUUAAUAAAUAUAACACGCCAAACGAAAGUGCUGUGCCAAAUAUUGGAAACGUGAAACGGUACGCUUCGAUAUUUGAACAAAAACGGGAUAGUUCCAGGAUAAGGGACUACGAAGGUACGAAGAUUACCAUACCUAUUGUGCCUGAAGGUUACCACGACAGGGAAUUGGAUUGCUCGCCGUUUAGUUACAACAGAAACAUUCACAAUGGUGAAAUUAAAAGGCAUUCUAUCGCGGUGGAUGAGUCAAGAUACGUAACGCAGGCGCCUGCGAAUCAUUACAGACGUACCAGUUUAGCGAUUAACGACAAAACUGCUGAUGAAGCUUUAGAUGAUGAUUUUUCACAAGGCAAGAGACAUAAAAAAGUGGAAUUUUGCAAGACUGAGGUGCACUUCGCUGUAGAUUCUGGUAGAGUGAACAUCGUUGCAACGGACGAAAAGCCACCCCCCACGAAUAACUUUCGAAGGCGUCGCCGGAACUCUGCAACACUGUAUAACAAUCUCCUGACCGAGGCUAACAAAAACGGUUUGCCUGUUCUUCAUUUUGGCGACAGCUCCUAUGAGAAGAACAUGUUUAAUUUUACAAACCAGGAGGACGAACUUAACUUCGAUGCUCUUCAAAUUGCGGAUGCUGGCAGCAAGCCCAACGAUCAAUUUUGCAACGGUACCGUAACAGUUAGUACUAACCAAACGCGUCCGAGUUAUGGUGAUGACGUCGAUGAGGAAGAAAAGGAAAGUGCAGAGUGUGAAACCCCCAAAGGUAUCCUUAAGAAUAAACCGAUAAAACCAAAACCGUACCUGUUGGGAGAUGACCCAUAUUGUAUUGACAAGCCGGUCAAUGACGAGAAGCAAAUUUGGGGUGUUAAACUGAAGCCGGUACAUUCUGAUUUAGAACCGCAAAUGUGGAAAUCAACAGUCACCCUGAAAAAUACGCUCUAUGACAAAAACUGUAAUCUGCGAAGAGUUGAACAAGAUGAGCCUGUAAAUGAAACUAGAAGUGAACUGGAUCAGUUUGAUAAUAUCCGUAUAGUAUCAUCACAGUUAAAUGGGCUACGCCCGGUAGAAGAUUUGCGAAGACCAGAAAUAAAAGGCUACUCGACAAAAGUAAAUAUUGGUAGCGGAGAAGCAGUCGUCAUUGAAGAUGUUAAAAGGCAAAUAUUAAAUAAAGGAUUGGUGGUACGUAUUGGACACGGCACUGAGAAUGCUCACACUAUUUGCUCAAAAACUACUAGUAAUGAUUCAACUAACACGACUACAACCACAAAAAUAACAAUAGAUCUCGCACCUUCUCCUAUUGAGAGAAGUGUCACAUUAGAACCCACCGUUCGUUUACCACGUGCGUCAAUUAGUAACUUCAAGUCGACCUCCUUAGUUCUAAAUACGUUUAAAAACGAAAUUCAAGAAGCGAACAUAAAGGCUAAAGGUAAAUCGAACAUUCCUCAACAACUGGAAGCACUAAGAAAACUAUAUGAAGAUUGGCCAAGUGAUAGUGAGGCAGAUAAGGAGGUGCAGCAAUUGAUGAAUGCUAGUGAAAGCGUACCAGUUAAAGAACUCGAUGACGCAACUAGUAGCGUAGUAUCUGGAAGUUGGAGUAAGAUGAGAGCAUUCCGAAAUAUGCAGCAACAAAGGGCCAAAAUUAUUUCGGACGCAUCCGAAGUAAAAUUCAAUUCCAAUGCACGUUUAGAAAAAGGUUCCUUAAACGUAAACCAAACGAUUACUGAUGUAAGAAAAGAGCCUUUUACCAGAACGCCUACAAUGGGCAGCAGUCCUUCUUCGGAUAGACGCAAGAUUAAGAUAAUUAGCAAAACGCCAAAUUCUCCAGUAGUUUUAAGAAGAGUUGCCUGUGAUCCUAAAAGACAAGAGUUGCGAGCAUCUGACAAACUGUCCAGUCCAUCUCUCGUCGGGCAAAAUCUGACUAAAACUGAGCCAACUGCGAAACUUGGAGGAAUAAAGAAAGAAAGCACUCCAGAGAGCGUGACUAUGGCAAAACUAUGGGGGAAACGUUCGCCAACCCCUAAAAUUCAUAUCUAUAACACGCUGCACAGUCCGGUUGUACAGCGAAAAGGCCACACCCCGUCACCUACAACAGAAAAUCACUACAGCACGAUUAAAGAUAAAGACAGCGAUGUCGACUCGGAAAGGUCUCCCAACAGAUCUGUUUUAAGAAACCCACGGCGGUCUGAAAUGGCGUAUUUUGGAGUCAAAGUGGCGCCUUCACCAAAACCGUAUAAGAAAGGUAAUGUAGAUUGCACCACCAAGUCACCUGUAAAACCUGAAUCGAGGACUUACUACAAACCGCGUGCAAAAUCUCCUAUCUACGAAAAUGUGGAAGAAAUAAAGAAAACUCGACACAAAACUACUGUAAAGGAGUUCGAUAGCAGUAUACUAGACGAACUCACAAAGGCUGCCGAUCAAAUCCUUCAAGCCGUCAACGGUUACGCGGAAGAAGCUGAAAAGCAAUCGUUAGAAGAGAAACAGAGAAAUUACAAGAAGGAAAAGUUGGACACGAUCUCGGAAACAAAGUCCUGGAAACAAAGGAGCGUCACCAAACAUAACUGUACUGAAAAAACUGAUCUUUCGAAACCAAAACUGAAACACACAUCUUCGACCUCUUCAGUUGAGAGCAUAACGGAAGCAAGAAAAGCGACGACUGUAGGUACAAAUCGACGGAGCGUUGUUGAUACGGAUAAACACAGAAAGAAAUCGGGUAGCGACUCGAGUUCCUCAAGGGCCGCCACAAAGGCGCGACGGUUGCAAAGGGCGAGCAGCAGGGAGGCGCUGUUGCAAUCGCACGGGAGCUCGUCGGAAGAUUUGCCCAUUAGUAUAGAUGUUCCAGUACGAAAAUCGCGUGUGGCUCGAAAAGGCAAAACCGUGCAGGUUGGCGAUAGCCAUUCGGUUGAGUCCAAAAGCAGAAGGCAGGAAGAGAAAGGAAAAAGCGAAGAAAGAGUCCCCGUGGGAGCGCUUCCAACAAUCCGACACAAAACAGCAGUAUCUACCAUCAGAAGCACGGCAGAAAAAGCACAAAGUCGAGAGCGUAGUCACAGAACAAAAAAUGAAGAUAUAAGAAAGAAGGGUACGUUAAAGAAAGAAACUAUAAGAACAACGCCCUCCAGAAGUGACAGAAACGCAAAUACAACCAGCAGGGAGGCAAUCACUCAUCGCAUUUCUACUGCGUAUGUACCCCUGUAUAGAAGGCGAAAAGUAGAAAAGAAUGAAUGCCCGUGUUUAUGUUCAUGAGGCAUUCUAUAUUUUAGAACUACGCUAGGAAUAUUAAGAAGUGUACGAAUUUGAAGUCUUAAGGCGAUAACGGAGUAAAUGAACUGAUAGCAGGUAUUGAAGAAUAUGGUAUACGACUACUAUUAUUAUUUUUACCUUAGUAUAGUAUAUGUUCCUACAGAGUUUCUGAAUUUUUAUUUUAUUUUAUUAAUUCGCAAAAAAUGUGUUUGCUAUUUAUUAUUUUUUAAAUGUUCAUUUUAUUAUAGUUUUAAUUCGCUUCGUUUAAGAAAUUCUGAUAAAUUUAUUGUGUAGGAUAAAUUAUUUUUGUUACUUUAACCUUUCUCAAGUAA